GGCCUUUUGGGCUUUACGUCUCAGUACAACACAGCAAUUGAGUAUCAGUAGAGAAGAUGAUGGGGGUCUCCAAAAUCAGAAUCGCUCUGGUUUUCUCAGCUCUUUGUUGUGUAAACGCCCAAGCAGGAACCAGCGUUAAUUUCAGUUUCCCGCCCUGGAACAACUCCAUUACUGGCAAUAUCAAGCUCUUCUAUGACGCCUACUUUGAUACCAGUGGCGUCAAUUCGAUCGAGCUCACCACAACUCGAAACAAUAAAACUUAUAGCGCCGGUUGGGCAGUUUACAGCAGGUCUAUUCCAGUCUGGAACAGACCUUCAGGGGCCGUUGUAAGUUUUAGCACUCAUUUUCAAUUCAUCAUUAAACCAGAUGACAGCGAUUUGGGCUCAGGAGGAGGGCUGGCUUUUUUCAUGGCGCCGGUGGGAUUCAAGGCCCCGGAGCUCUCCGCCGGAAAGUAUCUGGGUCUCGUCAACAACAACACAGUGGGCAACGCUUCAAAUCAGCUUCUUGCCGUAGAAUUCGACACAGAUCAAAAUUCCUUCGACCCCAAUGACAACCAUGUGGGAAUCGAUGUCAACACAGUGGUUUCUGAGGCAAAAGCAACAGUAACGAAUGGAAUUCUGAAAGAUGGGAAAAUCUGGGACGCAUGGGUGGAUUACGACGGGAAAUUGAAGAUGCUUCAGGUAUUUCUCUCACAUAAUAGCACCAAAUUAGCUGCUCCAAUUUUGUCGCAUGAAUUAGAUCUGGCAAAAUUUCUCUCUGAAAAUGCCAUGGUUGGCUUCUCGGCUUCGACUUCGCUUGGAACAAACAGCCAUGUCUUGCUCUCAUGGAAUUUCUCUUGUUCGGCCUCCUGGAACGCUCCCUCCUUGGACAUCCCGGAUCCAGGAAAUGGAACCCCUGAGAAAAAGCCCAGGAGAAAAGCUUCUAGAACAAUUCUCAUGGCGGUCCUCUUUCCAGGCGUUGCUGUAGUGUGUGCCCUAGCCUUGUUUGGCGGCUGGCGGCGGCGGCGGCGGAAUAGCAGAGGAAGGGGACAAUCCACGAUUGAGAACGAAAGCGAGACAGCACUGGACGAGCAGUUCUGUCAAGGGCCAAGGAAAUUCACAUUCUGUGAGCUCAGCGCCGCCACAAAAGGCUUCAGUGAGGAAGAGAAGCUUGGGGAAGGAGGAUUCGGCUCUGUGUACAGAGGGGUUUUGCAGGAAUCCCGUGAGGUCGUGGCCGUGAAGCAUAUAUCUCAAGCAUCGACACAGGGGAAGAAGGAAUAUGUUGCAGAGGUGAGCAUAAUCACCCGGCUAGGGCACCGCAACCUGGUGGAGCUUUUAGGAUGGUGUCAUGAAAAGGGCAAAUUCAUUCUAGUCUAUGAGUUCAUGCCCAAUGGAAGUCUGGAUAAGCACAUUUUUGGGGAUUCCCCUGUUCUUGAAUGGAAUCUCAGAUAUAACAUUGCUUGCGGCGUAGCAGCCGCAAUUGUUUAUCUUCAUGAGGAUUGGGACCAAUGUAUUCUGCACAGAGACGUCAAGUCAAGCAAUGUGAUGUUGGAUUCCAAUUUCAAUGCAAAAUUGGGGGAUUUUGGGCUGGCCCGGCUUGUGGAGCGCGAUAUUGAGGCUAGUUUCCACACCUCGGUGAUGGCAGGGACUUUGGGAUACUUGGCACCUGAAUGUGUUUUGACAGGAAAAUCAGGCCCUGAGUCCGAUGUCUUCAGCUUUGGGGUUGUUGCUCUGGAAAUAGCCUGUGGAAGGCGGGCUUUGGAUCUGACACUGCGAUUGAAUCAUAACAUGAGGCUUAUUGACUGGGUGUGGCAUCUGUAUUCUCAGGGCAGGGUUUUGGAAGCUGCGGCAGAGGACCUCAGAGGCGAGUUCAACGAUAGAGAAAUGGAGAGAUUGAUGGUUGUGGGGUUGUGGUGUUCUAAUCCAGAUUCCAAGGCCAGGCCUACAAUGAGGGAGGUAAUCAAGGUUUUGAGAUUGGAAGCCCCAUUGCCUAGUAUUCCACUUAACAUGCCUGUAGCUGUGUAUGUGUCUGCUGAUCCCUUGCGACACAGUGUUGAGUUGAAUUCCGCCACUUUGAAUGGAAGUUGUUCGGCGUCCAGCUCAGGCACAGGCACAGCCACGCUGCCUUCAGAAGAGUAUUCCAGAGUCACAGUUUUGUCCAGGUAAUUUGGCUUAUAUCUCACAAUCAUUGAAAUCUUUGGAAUUGCUCUUGAGGAUGUGACAGAACCAAGAGAAUACCUUUUUUUAAGAACUCUUUCUUUUGGGGGGGGUGGGGGGGUUUAACACGCCAGUAACCAUGGAAGUUUGACAAUAUGUAAGCUACAGACUGUGUACAGUCAAAAUCUGCAGACUAUAUACACUCAAAAUCUGGAGAAUAUUUUCAGUCAAAAUAUGUAGCGUAGUUCAAUGGAUUUAUGGUCUGUCAGUGAAUUUGAAUGGUUCGAAAUGAGUCCACCAUAAAUCAGAUUUUGCAGAAUAUCAUCAGUCAAAAUAUGUAGACUAAUAUCAAUCAAAAUAUGUAGAAUAUUCAUCACCGAAAAUAUGUAGAGUAUUAUUAGUCAAAUUGUGUAUGGUCUGUUGAUGAAGUUGAAUGGUUUGAAAUGAGGCCACCAGAAAUCGGGUUUUACAGAGUGCAAGGUCCCAACAUCAUAUAGGAUGAGGUUGGGAUUGUGCUCUGGAUGACUUUGGUAGAAUGGAUAGCUGAAGAGGUUUCAACCUACCUGAGAUUGGGGUUGACGGUUAAAUAAAUCUUCUACAAGAGAGUAUGUCUCCUUGUUCUGAAACUCAGCUGUUUAUAAAGAUAUUUUUUAAUAGAAUAAAUUUUUAUCUAA